CAUCAAAGUUGUCUAUAUCGUUGGGUGGAUGAAAAACAGAAAGGCAAUGCUCUGCGUUCUGUCAGUUGUCAACAGUGCCAAACAGAAUAUAUUAUAGUCUUCCCGCAAAUGGGCAAAGUAACCAGCAUACUGGAAGCUUUCGACAAUCUGGUUAAACGUGUUAGUCCAUUUUUGGCGGCCGGUGUUUUGGUCGGUUCUUUAUAUUGGACUGCAGUGACUUAUGGAGCUGUUACUUUCUUGCAAAUUGUUGGUCAUAAAAAAGGACUAGCAUUAAUGGAAAAUGGGGACCCGCUAAUACUUCUUAUUGGUUUGCCAGCACUACCGGUAGCUUUAGUUUUAGGUCGAAUGAUACGCUGGGAAGAUGCUGUGAUUCGGCUUAUUCGUAAUCGUCGCAGUGUGGCUCGAAAAUUUCCUCUCAUGAGUUUUAUUAUUCCAUACCCCGAGGAGGACGAAGAGCAAACUGCACAAAACCCAGUUACACCAACUCUCUCGGAUCCAGUUUCGGCCACCCGUAUAUUUUGUGGAGCUUUACUUCUACCAACGAUAUCGUCAAUUGUGGGCCGUUUACUUUUCGAAUCCAUUGAAAAUACUUUACAUCGUACUCUGCUUGGUGGUCUAACUUUCAUUACUGUGAAAGGUAUAUUAAAAAUCUAUUUAAAACAACAACAAUACACGCGUAGAAAGAAACGUCGUAUUGUCGAUUAUACCGAAGAAAAUGUGCGCAACUAUGUAAAUCGCGCAGGAGUCCGUCAACAACAACAGCAACAACAUGGUGGCGGUAAUGCUGCAGCCGCCCAGAAUAUUCAGCCACAGCAGGCAUUAUCGCAGCAACAACAAGCGGCUGCACAAAUACGUAACGCAAGAGAAAGCACUGUACGUGAUAGUUUGGUAUAGAAUUCAAAAAUGAUUCAAUUUAAUAAAUUUCUGUAAUCGUUUUAACUGCUGCUGAGUGAGAAUUCCGAGUCAACUUUAAUCAAAAAACGCCUACAUUUUAAUUAAAACAAUUGAAAUUUUUUCUCUUUAUAUCCCGAAUAUCAUAUUUAGACGAUCUUCAGCGGAAAAAAAAAAUAAAUAAAAUAAUAAUAAUAAUGAUAA